UGGUGGAAAAACAAAAGAAACAUCACAUACUUUUCCAAAUUUCAGACCUCUCUCUUUUAGUCUACAUUUCUGAACCAGACUCCAUUGCCACGUGGUUCCCAUCCAUUGGCUCCACACAUUUAUUUCUCCAACCCCCAUCCCCUCCUCCUUGGGUCCCACCCUCCUUCAACGGCGGCCCAGCCAAGCCACCUCCUUUCUCUUUCUCUCUCCUCUUCUCUCUCACAAAAAAAAAAAACUCACUCUGCAAAAAAAAUCCAACUUUUUUCACUUCUUCUUCUUUCUCUUCAGCUUGCACUAGUAGCACAAACAAAAACCCAAAAAUAAAACCCAAAAAAAAUAAUAAAGAAACCUUCUUUUUCUUCUUCAUUUUCACUUGAACUAUCUAUCCCCAACAAAAAACAAAAAAAAGAUAGUUUCUUUUUAAUUUUUUGGUUGAUAUACCCAGAAAAAAAAUAAAAGUUGAUUUUUCAGAUGCAUCGUUUUGUUGUACUAGUUGAGGUGGUGUUGUUACUUGGGUUUUGCAGCUUUUCUGGUAAAGGAAAAGGGUUUGAUUUACCAUUAUUAGAGGAGAGAGAAAUUUUGUUGGAGUUCAAAUCUUCAUUGUCUGAUGAGUCUGGAAUUCUUUCUUCUUGGGUAUUAUUAGCUAAUGAUUCUAGUGAUACCCAUCAUUGUUCUUGGUAUGGUGUGGUUUGUGAUUCUCAAUUUAGGGUUUCGUCUCUGAAAAUUGUCGGCGGUGGUUCUGGUAAUCAUUUGGGGAAAGUUGGUUGUUUUAAUGUUAGUGAGUUUCCGUUUUAUGGGUUAGGGAUUAGGAGAAUUUGUGAUGGUAGAGUUGGGAAAUUGGGUGGGAAAUUAUUAUCUGGGAUUGGUAAAUUGAAGAAACUUAGGGUUUUAUCUCUUCCUUUUCAUGAAUUUAGUGGGGAGAUUCCUGAGGAAAUUUGGGGGAUAGAGACUUUGGAGGUGCUUGAUCUAGAAGGGAAUCUGCUUUCUGGGAAGUUGUCGAAUUCGGUUUCGAAUAGAUUGAGGGUUUUGAAUUUGGGUUUGAAUAGGAUUAGUGGAGAGAUACCUAGUUCCUUUUCAGGAUUAGUGGGGUUGGAGUUGCUGAAUUUGGCUGCCAAUCAGCUUGAGGGUUUGAUUCCGGGGUUUGUUGCUGGUUUCCCUAAGUUGUCAGGGCUUUACUUGUCAUUGAAUCGGUUAAAAGGGGAAAUUCCUGAUGUGUGGGGAAGUAAUUGUGUCAAUCUUAAGUAUCUUGAUUUGUCCAGUAAUUCAUUGAAUGGGAAGAUACCGGUUAGCUUGGGGGAUUGCAGGGAGUUACGAGUGCUCUUGUUGUUUUCGAACGUGUUGCAAGGCGUCGUUCCACAUGAGCUUGGCAAGCUUAGGAAGCUCAAUGUGUUGGAUGUUUCCAGGAAUAGCCUUUCUGGUAACGUCCCAGCUGAGCUUGGGAAUUGUCGCGACUUAUCAGCUCUUGUGUUGUCGAAUCUGGAUGAAUCGUGUACAGUCAAUGGAGAGUCAAAUGGUGAUACUUGUUGUAGUGAAAGGAAUCUAUUCCAAGGUAUGAUUCCCAUGGAGAUUACCACAUUGCCAAAACUGAGAGUUCUUUGGGCACCAAAGGCAGGGUUCGAGGGUGAGAUUUCGCGCAAAUGGGGUAGUUGUGAUCUCUUGGAAGUGAUAAAUUUGUCUCAGAAUUUCUUUACUGGGAGAGUAGAUGGAGUUUUUGACAACUGCAAGAGCCUUGUUUAUGUUAAUGUAAGCUUAAACAGGCUCUCUGGGAAGCUCAUUGAGAACCAUCAUGCUCCUAGAAUAGUUGGGCGAGCCACCCGAUACACAUUUAUUGCCUGCUCUUCUCUGCCGUCAUUGAUUUCAAAUUCUCACCAGCUGAACAAGGGACCCGUUGCAUAUCUUUCAUUCUUCAUGAGUAGAGCUUGCUUGAGAACCUCCUCUUUCCUUUCAAAGACAAAGUUCCGUGUGAUCCACCGCAUCAGGGAUAAUGAUUUCACUGAUUCACAUAGUAAAGUAAGGAGACCUGGAAAGGCAAGGUUACUUUCAGAACUCAACUCGUCCGCAGAUGAAACAAUGUCAUCCUCCACUGUGCAGAGCAGUGCUGAGGAUUUGCAAGCAGAUGCAGAAUCUCCAUCCGGAGGUGGUUAUGGUAAUGGGAAUAACAAAUUCAACUCAAUAGAGAUUGCAUCCAUUGCAUCUGCAUCAGUUAUUGUUCUUGUUUUGUUGGCACUUGUUGUCCUCUUCAUUUAUACAAGGAAAUGUGCUCCUAGAGAUAGCUCUAGGAUUCAAGUGUAUGAAAGAAGGGAAAUCAAAGUUUUCACUGACAUUGGGGUGCCAUUGACAUUCCAGAAUAUUGUCAAGGCAACAGACUGUUUUAGUGCUGGCCACUGCAUCGGAUGUGGCGGCUUUGGUGCGACCUAUAAGGCUGAGAUAACUUCAGACGUGAGCGUGGCUGUAAAGCGGCUUUCAGUUGGAAGGUUUCAUUGCAUUCAACAGUUUGAUGCUGAGAUUAAGACCCUUGGAAGGAUUCGCCAUGAUAAACUGGUUACCCUCAUAGGUUAUCACGCCAGUGAAACAGAGAUGUUCCUCAUUUAUAAUUAUCUUCCUGGUGGUAAUUUGGAAAAGUUCAUCCAGGAGAGAUUGACAAAGUCCAUUAAAUGGAAAGUACUUCACAAGAUUGCAUUGGAUGUAGCCCAGGCAAUUGCAUACUUACAUGAUGAAUGUAAUCCAAGGGUUAUACAUAGAGAUGUGAAGCCAAGCAAUAUCUUACUGGACAACGACUACAAUGCAUAUUUGUCUGAUUUUGGCUUAUCCAGGCUGUUGGAGAAUUCCGAAACCCAUGCCACAACUGGUGUUGCUGGGACCUUUGGUUAUCUAGCCCCUGAAUAUGCCAUGACAUGUCGUGUGUCCGAGAAGGCUGAUGUGUAUAGCUAUGGUGUUGUGUUGCUCGAGCUGAUCUCGGACAAAAAAGCAUUGGAUCCAUCGUUUUCCUCUCAUGGGAACGGAUUCAAUAUUGUCUCCUGGGCCCAUAUGCUAUUGCGCCAGGGUCGAGCAAAGGAGGUUUUCGCAGCAGGAAUCUGGGAGAGCGGUCCACAUGAUGAUCUGGUGGAGGUGCUACACCUGGCUGUAAAAUGCACCGUCGACACGCUCUCAAUCAGGCCUACGAUGAAGCAAGUUGUACAACUGUUGAAGCAGCUUCGGCCACUUGGCUAGCUUGAUUUAAGUAUUAAAGCAUUUUUAUGUAUUUUUUACCCAGUUUUGCAUCAGCUAAUAGCUGCUUAAGUAGUGUAUCUUCUGUAUAUUUUUAGUGCCAUUUUAAGAUGGGGGCCUGUUGUGAAUGUUCCUCUUUUUUUCUUUUUCUUUUUUUAGGAACAAAAUGAUGAUAGUGCUAUUUGAUGAAAUGAAUAUUGGGUUGAUGUUAUGCUAUAUGUUAUUUGGUAAUGUGGGAAAUUGCCAAAUUUGUGAUUUUAUGGAAUAACAUGAUCUAGUUGGGUUUA